GUUCCUCAAAAAAAAAAAACAAUCCCUGGGAGAGCGAGCCCCAAAGCCCUAGCUCGAUUCUUCUUCUUCCAUGGCCACGGCGGGCGGCGAUUCUUCUUCCUCCUCCAUCGCCGCAGGGGGGGGGAAGAGGAGGGCGGAUGCGCGGCAGCGGAAGAAGCAGAAGCAGGAGGAGGAGAAGGAAGGGGAGGGAUUGAAGAAUCCUCUGGACCCUAGGUUCAGCGACUACGACCCCAAGCAGGGGAAGCACGUCUUCACCCGCUUCCGCAACAGGAACAUCGACCCGGACGCCGAGUCACCCGCUGGUCCAAUGCGCCAUACUGAUAGAAUCUUUGAAGACGGGUUCGAGUUGUCUAACUUGGUGAAUGUUGUAUCGGUCAAGAUUGUUUCCUCUGACUAUGGCUAUCCAUUAAAUGUCUAUGGUACCGUCUUAGCCAGGGACAGUCUGGAUCGCCAAUGCGUCUAUUUAUUCCAGCGCGAUAAAGACAAUUGCCAGUUGAUCCGUUCAAAGACCGAUUCGUUGAUUUUGACUGGCCCGAAGAGAGGACUGAUGAUAUACGAUUCAAUAUUCUUUGAAAUUGAUCUGAAGGUAACGGAUGUGAGUGGCCGAAAGGUCAAGGAUGAAAGACUUAGCAAAGGCUUAAUGGUGGUUGAUGGCAUCUUCAGACUGUCUUUUGCACCAAAACAUAGGGUUGAAACUGAAGCACUUGUCAGCAUGCACAGCACAUUGGAUUUAAACUACACAUUUAUAAGGAACGCAGUGGAGGGCACUGUUGAGGUCAGGAUCCUUGAGGGGCCUGUUUAUUUCCAUGGGAAAAUCCUUGCUCGCACUACCAACGUUCCAUGUGACAUUUUGCUACAUGACAGCAAAUUGAGUGGUGUUCUAACCGCUGGUGACAAUGGAGUUUUGCAGACAGCCCGACGCGUAGUCGGUGUAUCUGUGGAUGAGAUGCUGUUGUUGACUUUUGUGGCUGCUCCAGUUGGUGUCACUACUGUUGAGUUUACUCCAAGGCGCAACUACUAUGAUGAAGAGGAAAUCAUUUGCGGCAACUAUAAGAUGCUAGUGAAGGUCACUUGGUCCGUUGCGUUUUUUGAUGUAAAUUUCUGAUUGAUUUAUCAUCCAGUGUGUUAUCUAUAUAUAUGUUCUUUUUAGAAUAUGUUCUAUAUAUGCUUACAAAAACAAGUUAAUACUGUUGAUGGAGGCUAGUUAACGAACUGGUCAAUGCAUACUACUGUUCCUAGAUAUAAGAUCUUUUAGCUUUAUUCUAAGUCAAACUUCUUAAAGUUUGACCAAGUUUAUUGAAAAGUCUACUAA